CUGACAAUGUCAGUAUACUGUAAGCUUCAGGUGUUCUCAUCCACAUCAACACUCCCAUGACCAGCUUCUUUUGUUGAAGUCGCUGAUCCUUGCCGAGAGAAGUGCCGAUUUCGGUACCGUAUUCGUACCUAGUCACUUCACCCACCUUCAACAUAUUUACGAAGCUUCGCGUGAACACAACUUCAAGCAGACAGUCAAACAACAAGACCGAGGACGCAAGAUGGUAUUCUAUGAACCAGGCAAAACCUCUCAUGGCCUCCCCAGAGACCCAUUUAAAUCCUGCGUGACCCCCCGCCCCAUCGGCUGGAUCUCCACGCGCUCCCCCCAAGGAAUCGACAACCUAGCGCCCUACUCCCAAUUCAACAAUCUAACCUUCGACCCUCCCUACGUAAUGUUCUCCGCCAACCAAGACCUGAACAACAACCGCAAAGACACAGUCAACAACGUCGAAUCCACAGGUUAUUUCUGCUGGAACAUGGCAACCUGGUCCCUCCGCGAAGCCGUAAACGCCUCAGCAGAAUGGCUCACCCCCUCCGUCGACGAAUUCCAAAAAGCAAAUCUCGAAAAACAACAAGCAGAUCUCAUCGAUUGUCCCAUGGUAAAAGCCAGUCCGAUUAAAUUCGAGUGUCAGUAUUAUAGUACUUUACGCUUACCGGGUAAUCCGCCAAUGGGGAGUGUGGAUGUUGUGAUUGGAAGGGUUAUUGGCGUGCAUAUUGAUGAGAGUGUGCUGACGGAUGGGAUGGUGGAUUUGGGGAAGGCGAUGCCGAUUGCGAGGUGUGGGUAUCAUCAGUAUACGGUUGUGAGAGAGGAGAGUUUGUUUGAGAUGGUGAUUCCGGGGGAUCCGAAGCAGUUGGUUGGGUUGGAGGGGAAUGCGGAGAGGCAGAAGGAGGUGAGGGGGAGUGGGUUGAUGCCGGGGACGAGUUGAAGAGUGUGGACAAUAUGUAGGCCACUUCGUGAACUGAACUCGUGGCACUCGCGCGUUCCUACUGCUUAAUUGACCACUGUAGGGCAUCUUUCUCCGCUCGCUGGCUGCCUGCCAUGACUCGAGUUCUCAUUGUCGGCGAGCGUUGCAUAGCGUUCAGCGAUAUGGUGUACGCCGAUCUGGUGUACGAUUG